AUGCUUACACAUUUCGAUACCAUAGACAGCUUGCCUUAUAUCGACUACGGUAUUACUCCACAGGAAAGAAGACGAGUGGACGAACUUGUCCAGCAAGAAGUUGCUCAACUAAAUACAGAUGAUAUGCAUCCGGCCGUGGGUCCCAUGCUUCCCCUUUCAUCUAACAUGGAGAGAUUCCGCCGGAGGCCGCAAGCGGCAGAGCCUACUAGCGGGUAUGAAAGAGAUGAUGAGGAUAAUAUUGCUCCCCAACUGUCUUUACCACAAGGUAUAGAUAUGUCAAGAUACACAGACUUCCACGAUGAGGAGGAUAAUGAUGCCGAUAGCGAUAAUGCCGAGAACAUCAACCACGAACGCAUGUACACUUCGCUUGCAUAUUCCAUGCUACGGGAAAGAAACGCUUCUCUUGCGCUUCAGAACGAUGAGAGCGUCAAUAGCAUUCGAAACACUCAUCUCGAUUCGCUACUGAAGACAGAACUGCUGUAUCAGAACGAGUUGGAAAGGAAACGUCAGCGAGUUGAAGAAAUCAACGAGGCUCGUAAAAAGCGUCAAAUCGAUUUCCAACCCGUCAACGAGUAUCUCGAAGAGAAGUGGCAUGAUGGAAUCAACUCCAUGAUCGAUAUGGGUAUCCAUAAACGCUCUGGCAACUAG